CAGAACUGAAGCCCAACCUCAAACUACUAAACUGCAGAGCACAGGGACACAGUAGAGUAACAGGAACACAAGAAGGAGAAUCAAUUAAAGUUAGCAUCAAUUAAAUCCCAUCCUUAAUCGCUUGAAGAAAGCAUAAAACAAAGCAAAAGUAAUAGUGUAGUAGUAAGUAGUAUACAAAUUCCCGAGUUUCAGACUGCAUUUAUACCCAACAAACCAACAAGAAGACAAAUGAGAGCCCACCCUAAACCCAUAGAAGCCUUCAUCAAAACUAAUCAAAGCAUUAUUCCCUCUCCACUUUAAAUCAAUCUCUCUCUCUCUCUCCAAAACCUUCUCCUAUUUUCACAUAACUCCAUUCUUCAACUUCCAUACAAAGUCACAUCUUUCUUUCUCUCUAUUUCUCUCUCUCUCUCUAGCUUUCUCUCUCUAUUCUGUUCAAUCCAAUCAUGCCUGUUGUUGUUGCAGAGACCUCAACAAUAGCAGAACACCUUAAAUACAGAAGACCCAGAAACCAAAUCAUCUCAAACUCAGAUCCAAACCCUUCACAAAUUGCUUCUAUCCAAUCCACUGGCUGUAAAUCCUCCAUUUCCUCUCUCCUCUCCACUUUCACCGCCAAUGACAACACACCCACCACCAACAAUACCAAGAAGAAGAACUUCAAAUCUGCAACCUUCAGGGGGCUUGGAUGUGCUGCUUCUUCGCAGGUGUCUGUGCCGGCGAUGAUUCGGACAUCAGCCGAUUGGGAAGCCAAGAAAGUGAAGAAGAAACAGAAGAAGAAGCAGAAGAAAAACAGGGCAAUCCAUCAAGAUUUGGGGAUGACUAAUACCAACUCAUCAUCUUCUUCCGUGGUUGUUCCUGAUGUUUGGUGUGGUCCUGGGAUUGGUUUCACCACUGAUGCUGCCUCUGUUGACUGUGUUGUGUCAAGAAGGCCACAUUCAGGAAAAGGGAAAGUUGAUGGUGACAAGAUGAAUCAGAGGGAGCGUUCUUCAUGUCCUGCAAGGCGAACCAUGAGGCCUGAACAUAUCUCUUCUCUCGAUUCUGACCAUGGAUUGGGAAUGGAACACCCUGGACUAGACGUAUUUGGAGCUAGGUACCAUCGUCAUGCUCGACAUCGCUCUCCCGAGGGGCUUGCUGAGAUUGUGAUGUUCCAAAAUAGUCUGCUAAUUGGAGGAAGAUCGGUUGGAUUUGAUCGAUAUAGGGACUGGAGACUGGACGUUGAUAACAUGUCGUACGAGGAACUGCUUGAGCUUGGAGAGAGAAUUGGGAAUGUGAAUACUGGAUUGAGAGAAGAUGAGAUACUCUGCUGCCUCAGGAAAACCAAGCCAUUGGUUUUGGAUGAUUUGUCAUACCAUUUGCCGGAAAUGGAACGGAAGUGCAGCAUUUGUCAGGAGGAAUAUGAAGCAGAUGAUGAAAUGGGGAAGCUGGAUUGUGGCCACUUCUACCACAUUCAAUGCAUAAAGCAGUGGCUCGCGCAGAAAAAUAUUUGCCCCAUCUGUAAAACUGCCGCAGUGGCUCAAUAGGGGAAUGUAAUUCUUCAAAUCUGAUGCCCAGGUGGUCUUUAAAAAGCUGCGUCCUUUUCUCUUAUUUUAUGUACAGAAUUCACCUUCAGCACAAGCAAGAAAGCAUUUGUUGGUGUGGCAUUUCGAUUCCUUAUAUGAUGGGCCUCUUUUGUUUUUUUGUUGUACGGGUUGGCAAUCCGAUGUUAAUUGAAGUUAUGGUUCUGGAAAUUGCGGAGAUCAUUAGAACCUUUGUCAUUUUCAUUAAAUCACAAUUCUUUACAUUUCUUUUGCAUUA